AUGGAUAAUUAAUUGUUGAUCAAGAAGUAAUGGCUUAUUAAAUCGAGACCUGAGAGGAUCGAAGAUAUUUAUGAAUCUGAUAAGAAAGAAUUAGGUUCUGGAGCCUAUGGCAGAGUCUUCAAGGCUAAACACAAGGAAUUGGGAUUGGAGAGAGCCAUAAAGAUGAUUCCUAAAAAAUUAAUUGCAAGUCCAGAUAGAUUCAAAAGAGAAAUCGAAAUUAUGCAAAAUUUAGAUCAUCCAAACAUCAUUAAACUAUUUGAAAGCUUUGAGGAUUAAAGGAAUAUCUAUUUAGUCAUGGAAAUUUGUACUGGUGGAGAAUUAUUCGAUACAAUCAUUGAGAAAGGCCAUUUCACUGAAAAGGAAGCUUAACAAACAUUCCUGUAAAUAAUGUAAGCAAUUCACUAUUGCCACACUCAUGGAAUAUGUCAUAGGGAUCUUAAACCCGAAAACUUUUUACUCCUUAGCAAAUAACCAGAUGCUCCAAUUAAAGUCAUUGAUUUCGGACUUAGUGUGUUGUUCCAUGAUAGCCACUACAAAAAUGUAGAUGGAAAGACACAGAUGAAAUCAAAGGCAGGAACUCCUUAUUACAUAUCACCAGAAGUUCUAGAUGGAAAAUAUGAUGAACUCUGUGAUGUUUGGUCAGCCGGUGUUAUUUUAUACAUUCUGCUGACAGGAUUACCUCCCUUCAACGGUAGAACUGAUGCAGAAAUUUUGAAGGCUGUUAAGUCUGGCGUUUAUAAAUUGGAUAUUCCUCAAUUAGAGGGAGUUUCAAAUGACGUUAAGGAUUUGAUUUAAAAGAUGUUAACCAAACCUGAUCAAAGAUUAACAGCUGGACAAGUAUUAUAACAUCCUUGGCUUACCUCAGUAGAAAUCCCUCAUUCCAUAUUAACUUUAGAUUUCAAAUCAUUCAAAGGAUUCAGUGCCAGCAACAAAUUAAAAAAAGUAACACUAACCUAUAUUGCAUCCUAAUUAUCUGAAGUAGAAAUCCAAGAAUUAGGAAAGUUGUUUAAGGAAUUAGAUAUAAAUGGAGAUGGCAUUCUUACCUUGGAAGAAGUUAAAAAAGGGUUGCAUAAUUUCCAAUAAGAGAGUUGGGGUGAAGUCAUUUAAAUUUUGAAAGCUAUUGACACUGAUUGCAAUGGAGUCAUUAAUUAUACUGAGUUUGUUGCUGCAACAAUGGAGAGAAAUAUGUAUAUGAAAAAGGAGAAAUUAUUGUAAGCUUUCAAGAUGUUCGAUGUUGAUGGAAGUGGCAAAAUUAGCAGUGAAGAAUUAAAGAAAUGUUUGGGAAAUAAUGAAAUUUAUGGUUAAUCUGAUCCAUAAUUAUGGCAAAAUUUGAUCAAUGAAGCAGACUAGAAUAAGGAUGGAGAAAUAGAUUAUCUUGAGUUUGUAGAGAUGAUGGACAAAGUUGAUGCUAAAUGAUUUAUUAUUGGUUCAAAUCAUAUAAAAUUAGUAUUGUUAUUAGUUA